GUUGUUGAAUGUAACAACCGUAACCCCUCCAUGAAGCUGAUGCCCUACGUAUUCCCUAAAAUGAGACGGUUUGGUUUCUCCCUCCUCCGCCACAUCUCUUCUCUCCCCUCGACUAGUCGGACAUGUUGCCUCCACCGAAGGGUCUUUACUGGUUCUUACACGAGCACCAUCACGGGUCACGGCUUCCAGCAGCACAGGAGGAAUAUGAGCAGCUCAGCCCUCAGGCAGCACAUACAGGACCUGAGUGGAGCUGAACAGAGACUGUUGGAUAAACUAUACGAAGGUCUGAUCGGGGGACAGCGGGCGUCUCUAGCUGAGUCCAUCACUCUGGUGGAGACCCAGCAUCCCAGGAAGAAAGAGCUGGCCCAGGUGCUGCUGCAGAGGGUGCUCGCCUACAGGAGGGAGCAGGAGAGCCGGAACGGGGGGAAGCCGGUGGCCUUCAGAGUAGGUCUGUCUGGACCUCCAGGAGCAGGGAAGUCGUCCUUCAUCGAGGUGGUGGGGAAGAUGUUGACAGGACGUGGACACAAGGUCUCAGUGCUGGCUGUAGACCCGUCCUCCUGCACUACAGGAGGGUCUCUGAUGGGUGAUAAGACUCGUAUGACUGAACUCUCCAGGGACAUGGACGCUUUUAUCAGACCCUCUCCGGCCUCAGGAACUCUGGGUGGCGUCACCAGAACCACUAACGAGGCCGUAGUUCUCUGUGAGGGGGCGGGAUAUGACAUCGUCCUCGUGGAGACCGUAGGUGUGGGCCAGUCAGAGUUUGCAGUGGCCGACAUGGUCGACAUGUUUGUGCUGCUGAUUCCUCCAGCAGGGGGCGAUGAACUCCAGGGUAUCAAGAGGGGCAUCAUCGAGAGGGCCGACCUGGUGGUGGUGACCAAGGCGGACGGAGACCUGAUGGGGCCGGCCAGGCGGAUCCAGGCCGAGUACACCAGCGCUCUGAAGCUGCUCAGGAGGCAGUCCAAGUCCUGGAACCCUGAGGUGGUGCGCGCCUCCUCACACACCAACGAAGGCAUCCCAGAGGUCUGGGCCAUGUUGGAGUCGUACCGGGACGCCAUGUUGGCCAGCGGUGAGCUGCAGGGCCGGCGGAGGGCCCAGCAGAAGGUAUGGAUGUGGAGUCUGAUCCAGGACAACGCCCUCGCGCACUUCCAGAAUCACCCCAGUGUCAGAGGGGCUCUCCCCCAGCUGGAGCAGCGGGUCACCAGAGGAGAAAUCUCCCCGGGCCUGGCUGCCGACCUGCUCCUCAAAGCCUUCACAUCUUCAUCACCAAAGUAAUCACUGGACUGCACUUUACGAGGAGGAUGGACGCCUCGUGGCUGAUCAGGAAGCCCCUACGCACAGCUAAACCAGGACAAAGUGAGAAUAUGUGACCUUGGAUCUGAGGUUUUCACAAAAGAAGCAGUCUUGCUCUUUUUACACUUCAUUUGAAAUUGAAAACACCUCAGAUAGAAGUCACCUCUCCACUGAAACGUCAGUCUUAUGAAUGCCUUAAUCCAUAUGAGGAGAGUGCUGACAGUCACUUCUCACAGUCUGCUUCAAGACACAGUCACAUUUGAACAGUUUAAAUGAAGCAAUUGAAUUGCUAUGAGAUAUGAAUGGUAUGUUUUUUUCUAAGGUAUAUACUGGGAUUGUCUUUAUGGACAAAAACACUACAGACCCUCAUGAACUGUUUAAAUGAGAGCAGUGCCAAACACACAAAUUGUAAAGGCCAUGUUGAUACAUUUGGAGUUUGUCCUCCAAAUAAUCCCCUUUUUACAAUCAGGGGCAUUAUAAGGCGAAGCAGUGUUGCUCCUGCCAUAGUUAUUGACAUGACAAGUGCUGUAGUGGUGUGAUCUAUUUUUACCCACCAUCCUCAUGCUGCGAUCAACAAGAGACAACAUUUCAUAACCCCAAAAAAGUGUUAAAGCAAUGAUCCGGUUAGAGAAAUAGGAUUUAUUAUGGUCCGCUAUUUAAUUGGUUCUCGUGUUGAACUGCCGUGGACGGUGCUCAUAUAUCAAACAAUUCCCUGCAACUGGACUUGCACAAUGUUUUAAUUCUGUAUUUGUGUUUCUGCAUUGAAUAUAAUAUUAAAAGAAUGAUGUGAAUCUUAA